CGGGCGGCGCAGCGGGCCUCGGACGCCCCCGGCGCCGCACGGAGCAGCCGCGGCAGCAGCAGAGUCUCUCCAGGGGGAGGGUCCCCAUCCUACCUCAUCAUGUCCCGCCGAAGCCAGCGCCUCACGCGCUACUCGCAGGGUGACGAUGAUGGCGGCAGCAGCAGUGGAGGGAGUUCGGUGAUGGGGAGCCAGAGCACCCUGUUCAAAGACAGUCCUCUCAGGACCUUGAAGAGGAAAUCCAGCAACAUGAAGCGCCUCUCCCCAGCGCCCCAGCUGGGCCCCUCCUCCGAUGCACACACCUCCUACUACAGCGAGUCAGUGGUCAGGGAGUCCUACUUUGGCAGCCCCCGGGCCUCCUCCCUGGCUAGGAGCUCCAUCCUCGACGACCACCUCCAUAGUGACUCCUACUGGAGUGAGGACUUGCGGGGGAGGAGGAGGAGGGGCACGGGUGGCACGGAGAGCAGCAAACUCAACGGGCUUGCUGAGAACAAGAGCUCCGAGGACUUCCUGGGCUCUUCCUCGGGCUACUCUUCUGAGGAUGACUUCGCAGGAUACUCGGAGACUGACCACCGUGAUUCAGGUUCACAGUUAAGGAACGCCGUCUCCUGGGCAGCCUCUUGUUUCUGGACGCUUGUCACUUCUCCAGGCCGGCUCUUUGGCCUCCUCUACUGGUGGGUUGGCACCACCUGGUAUCGCCUGACGACAGCUGCCUCUCUUCUCGAUGUCUUCGUUUUAACCAGGCGCUUCUCGUCUGUGAAGACAUUCCUGCGGUUCCUCUCGCUGCUGCUGCUCGUGACCGGCCUGACCUAUGGCGCUUGGUAUUUCUACCCGUAUGGGCUGCAGACGUUCCACCCUGCCGUGGUUUCCUGGUGGACAGCGAAGAGCAGCGGCAGACAGCAGGACGUGUGCGAGUCCAGAGACUCCUCCCACUUGCAGGCUGAGCAGCGCAUCUUGUCCCGGGUCCACUCUCUGGAGCGGCGUCUGGAAGCUCUCGCUGCUGAAUUUUCCUCCAACUGGCAGAAGGAGGCUAUGCGGCUGGAGCGGCUGGAGUUGCGGCAGGGAUCCGCUGGCGGGGGAGGCCACGUGGGCCUGAGCCAGGAGGACACCCUGGCGCUUCUGGAGGGACUGGUGAGCCGCCGUGAGGCUGCCCUGAAGGAGGACUUCCGCAGGGACACCGCCGCUCGGAUCCAGGAAGAACUGGUCACCCUGAGAGCAGAGCAUCAACAAGACUCCGAAGACCUCUUUAAGAAAAUUGUCCAGGCUUCCCAGGAGUCUGAGGCUCGACUCCAGCAGCUGAAGUCUGAGUGGCAAAGGAUGACCCAAGAGGCCUUCCGAGAGAACUCCAUGAAGGAGCUGGGGCGGCUGGAGGGCCAGCUGGCAGCCCUGAGCCUGAAGCAGAGCUCGGUGGCAGAGCAAGUGGGCCUCCUGCCCCAGCAGCUGCAGGCCGUGAGGGAUGACGUGGAGUCUCAGUUCCCCGCCUGGGUCAGUCAGUUCCUUCUCCGAGGUGGAGGAACCCGCACGGGGCUCCUUCAGCGAGAAGAGAUGCAAGCUCAGCUGCAGGAGCUGGAGAGCAAGAUCCUUGCCCACGUGGCUGAGAUGCAGGGCAAGUCAGCGAGGGAGGCCGCGGCCAGCCUAGGGCUGACGCUGCAGAAGGAAGGUGUGAUUGGGGUGACAGAGGAGCAGGUGCAGCGCAUUGUAAACCAGGCCCUGAAGCGCUACAGUGAGGACCGCAUCGGGAUGGUGGACUACGCUCUGGAAUCAGGAGGAGCUAGUGUUAUCAGCACCCGGUGUUCCGAGACCUACGAGACCAAGACGGCCCUCCUCAGCCUCUUCGGCAUCCCCCUGUGGUACCACUCGCAGUCACCCCGAGUCAUUCUCCAGCCAGAUGUGCACCCAGGCAACUGCUGGGCCUUCCAGGGGCCCCAGGGCUUUGCCGUGGUUCGCCUCUCUGCCCGCAUCCGCCCCACUGCUGUCACCUUAGAGCAUGUCCCCAAGUCCUUGUCGCCCAACAGCACCAUCUCCAGUGCCCCCAAGGACUUCUCCAUCUUUGGGUUUGAUGAAGACCUACAGCAAGAGGGGACACUUCUCGGCCAGUUCACCUACGACCAGGAUGGGGAGCCCAUUCAGACCUUCUAUUUUCAGGACACUAAAAUGGCCACAUACCAGGUGGUAGAGCUACGGAUCUUGACUAACUGGGGCCAUCCCGAGUACACCUGCAUCUACCGCUUCCGGGUGCAUGGGGAACCCACCCACUAGGCCUUUUCUGUACUGCGGCGAGCCAGCUGGGAGUCCAGCCCCUCUCAGCACGUGCCCCCUUCUCUGGGAAUGGGAGAGCAGCACCCUGCCACUUCCCCACAUGCUUGACCAGCGCACGGACUUCGAGGAGCAAGAACCCCUGGCCCGAUGGAGCUGAGAAUAUAUAGGGCUUUCCUAGCAGCAGGACAGCUCAAGGUGGACAGCAAGCUUCAGUGUCCCUUUUCUUUGUCCUCCUUGUGCCAGGCAUGGGGUGUCUACUUCCCCCUCUUGGGAUGGUGUAUAUAUGUAGCAUAUCAUGGGGGAUUGAAAGACAGGGAGAGAGGCAAUGAGUGGACAUGUUCCAGCAAAGGGGGGUGUAACCUGUCUGCCCCUUAAACAGGAUGGGGGCUGGCACCCAGGGAGCUGCUGUUGGUAGGUGUGUGAAUGAAGCAGGUGCCAAAGCCGUGGGUGGGCUAUAAGUGAGGACCUGGGGCAAGUGAGCUGCCCUCAUCCACAGGCAGGGAAGUGAGGUCCUCUGGGAGGAAAGUGCUUGUGGUGCAGGUUGGGAUUGAGCCCCAGUCAGGAAGCUCCUUGUACAGGGCAGCUGGGCUCUUCUAGAAGUCUAGUGCCAUCAACCUAAGGGAGCUUGACCCAUGAGGUCCCCCAAAGGCCUCACUACACUGUAUUUGGUC